GUGCUGGGCUUCCCCCUUCCCGCCGUGCAGCCUGGGGUCGACGUCCCUCGGUGGAUCGUCGCGGACCCAGCGAGCGACCACUUCGGGGAGGAGGUGAGCCUGGAGCUGAUCACCUCGGCCGAGCGGUUCAUCAGCCGCGACGCGGUGGCUCUCGCGAUGCUGUCCGACGCCGAGGGCUGGGUCGCCGCGGAGAACGCGCAGCUCAGCGACGAGCCGGACUGGAAGGCGGAGAAGAGGGCUGGCCCUGGCAGGGACCGCCGCGUGCUGCCGCAGACGGGCGCGUCUGCCCACGCCGUCUCACUGGCGCAGCUGGUGGCCAUCCUGAAGAGCGUGGACGUGGGGGACUGGCCGUUCGAGGGGCCCAAGGCUCUCGUCGAGUUCAUGGCCGCGGUGGUCUCGUCUGGGCAGUCGCUCUCGUCGCGCCUGGGCUUCUGGGUGGCCCAGUCGGGGGUCUCACGCGGCAGCGCCGUGGCCCAGGAGCUAAAGAACAUCGUGGAGGUUCUGCAUCACGCGCUGGUCUUCGACGCGCUGGAUGUCUCGAACCUCGCCUCGUUCGAGCUCCUGAGUCGGCGGGCCCUCCAAGUCCAGUGGGCGGGCUUGGAGCUGAUGGUCUCGAGCCGCCUCGACGACUCGGGCGGCGCCGUCGCGACCAAGUUCGACGCUUGGGUCGCGGACCAGCAGAAGGCGAGGAGCACCGUCCCCAAGCAGGAGAGGAUGCACCGGGAGGAGGCGGACCACGAGGAUAAGAAGUACCGCAACGAGCAGAGGGGCGGAGCCAGGCCCCCUCGCCCCAAGGCCAAGCCGAAAGGCAAGGCGCAGCGCGCGGCCGCCACUGAUCGUCGCGCGGCUCGCACCAUCGAGAAGAUCACGAUCCUCAAUGGGAUGGCCGCCGCUUGCGCUGGGAGGGAGGUCGCGCUCCGGCCCCCUCAGAGGACAGGGGGCGCCGACAUCGCUCAGGGGUCGGCGCUCAGGCGCAUCCGCCGUCGGAUCGCGGCCUUUGAUGAGUGGCCCGCCGACUUGGAUGGAGCUGGAGCCCUCCAGGAGCUCCUCAAGACCAGGGGCGUCUACGGCGGCCUCGACGCUUCCACGACCGUGGUCGAUUUUGACUCGAGUCGCCUCAACAUCCUGCGUAAGGAACACUUCUCCACGCCGCUCGACGACGUGGCCCCCCAGAGCGCCAAGGACGUGCUGGACAACUUCGACGCGACCGUCGCCCGCCCUCUCUCCGAGCUGCCCGAGGACGAGCCGCUGGCGCAGCCGUAUUGGGACCCGCAGCUCGACCCACGCCGUCGCGGCACGCGCCCGGCGCUGGUGGCCUUUCUUCGUGCGCUGGCUGGCCGAGGGCUCGUUGGAGCUCGGGCCCGUCGGAAGUCGUGCAUCUCCGCUUUCUUUGUUCGCAGGAAGAACGGCGACCAGAGGAUGGCGCUGGAUGCCCGGCAGGCCAACCAGCUGCAGCGCCUCCCGCCCAAGACCGCGCUUGCCUCGGGGGAGGCGCUCGCGGCGAUCAACUCCGUGGACGCCGCCGACCUCAACCCUGACGACCUCGACAUCGUGACGACCGGGGGCGACCUGGUGGCCGGCUCGGUGGACCUGCAGGACGGCUUCUACCAGUUCCGCCACUCGGCCUGGGGCUCCUGGAUGUGCUUCGACAUCGAGAUGGACGCGGGCGAGCUCGGGGUGACCCAGCUCUAUGACGAGAAGCUCGGCCGCUACGUCGACAUCAGUCCUGACACCCGUGUCCUGAUCGACACCAUGGGCACCGUCUUCGGUGACAAGGACUCCUGGUGCCUGGACAAGGGCAAGCCGCCCCCCCUGCUAAGCGGGGGGGUUGCUCACGCGCCCUAUGUCGACAACGCGAACCUCAUUUCCCUGGGCGCCGGCGAGCUCGACCGGCGCCUCGGUGCCGUCGCGGACGAGCUGGACAGGAGGGGGCUCCGCUGGCACGAGCUGCAGCACGCCACCCCGUCGCAGAGCAUCCUUGGUCUCGAGUUCGACGGCCGACGCGGUCGCCUUCGCCGCGCGUCACGGCGGGCGUGGCGCCUGCGCCUUGGCCUGCACGAGGUACCACGCAGGCCAAGGCUCGCCCGCUGGCAGGUCAGGGGGCUGCUUGGACACAUCGUGCACUACUUCAGCAUCAUGCGGCCCGCCCUCAGUGCGCUAGGGGAGUCCUAUGCCUACCUCGAGUCGGGCCCCAUGGAGGGCGUCUCCCGCCUGCCGUCCAGCGUCUUGACUGAGCUCCGCUGCGCUGCUGGGCUCGCGUUCUUCGGCCAGGUGGACCUGCGCCGACCCCCGGCGCCAGUGUCCUACACCGCGGACAGCUCGAUGCUGGGGUGCGCCGUCUGCGAGGCGGAGCUCCUCGGGCACGAGGUCCUCGACGCUUCGCGCUGGCGCGAGAGGCAGCGCUUCAGCGAGGUCGAGGUCGCGGGCGAUCCCGAUAAGGACGUCCACCUCGGCCGCGCCGCGGGGCUGGCCGACGUCUCCCACCCGCGCGGCGACGACCUCGGCGCCGCCGACGCGGGGCGCCCCCGCCGGCAGGCGGGUGCUCGCCGCCGGCGCCAGGAGAUGGAGGCGGGCCGCCCCCCGCCUGCUCUGCCUCCCGAGCUGGUCGACCCGCAGCGGUGGACCGAGGCCAUCCGAGGCGCGUGGCGGCAUCCCGGCCGCGCCCACAGCCUGGAGGCCCGCGCCUCGGUGAUCGGGCUAG